AUGCUAGCCUCGCUCGUCCCGCCGCUCGUCCUUGGCGCGAUCUCUUCCUUCUGGGCAGCCUACCACCUCAUCUCACGCUACGAUUCCUCCCUCUUCGCGUCUCACCGCACUCACAACCCUCACUCGCACUAUCCGGACUCGUAUAUAAUCGACGUUGGCCUCCCCCCUCUCGCGCUCUAUCUUCCCCACUCACCCUCGACUCCAACUCCACCUCCACCUCAGUCACAUCCUACACUCGACCCUUCAAAAUCCUAUCUCUCCUACCUCCCCCACUCCGGCUUCCACAACCAACGGAUCGCGCUCGAAAACGCACUCACGCUCUCUUCCAUCCUAAACCUCACGCUCAUCGUCCCGCCCGUAAGGCUUGGAGCGAGACCGUUGACGUAUGCGAAGUUUGGGAUUUUGGAGGGGGGGUGGAGAGGGGCGGGGAAGGAGGGGUUGGCGCACUGCGGUGCUCUUGCGGGUGUAGAGGUCGGCCUACCACCGGAAUGUCUCGAUUAUUUCGACUAUACAUACGUAGCUUGGGACUGGCUCAUCGACUUUGAGCACCUCGUCUCGACUGCCUCCACCAUUCCCGACACCAAUCCCGUCACAUGGCUCGGAUGGCCUGAUACUGACUAUUAUUGGUUACACGCGGGCGAUAUCGACCUCGGACUUGGAGAAGGUUGGGCUCAAAGUGACGACGGGAGGAUAACGGUGUUGAAAGACACGACGGCCUAUGAGUUUCGGUUCGUGGAUUAUGAGCUUCUGGGUACGAAUCGAUAUAAUGCAACGUCGACACAUCCGAGGUAUACGACCGAUAUACCCAUCGAGUCCCUGCUUGAUUAUUUCGCUCCAUCCUCAUUCGCUCGCUCCCCUCCCUUCUUGCCACCUUCCUCUUCCUCGCCUCAACACGAACCCUCACCCGAUUCCGCAAGUAACGCACCCGAACUUAAACCCGCAACAAACACCCCCAAGGUCCUGCAACUCUCCUCCCUCUUCGGAUCCUCCCGUCUCCACCUAACAACACCCUCCCACCUCGCUCUCCAACGCGGUAUCAGGGAGUCUAUGGUUUUUGGUGAUCGGGGUACCGGUGCCGGUGAAAUUCUGGGUGGGAUGGUUGGGGAGGUUGUUGGGGCUUUGGGGGCGGUGGGGGGCGGUGUAGGGGUUAGCGGUAGCGAUUUGGGCGAUCAAGAAAGAAGUGGGAAGGAUAGAAGCGGGGAUGAAGGGAAUGGACGAGAAGGAGGACAGAAAGCCAGGAUAAAACAAAUAAAAGGCGCAGGGACGUACCUUGGUGCACACCUUCGUCUCGGCGACGGAAAGUUCAAGUCUGGAGGAAGGGAGACGGUGAGAGAGGUGUGGUAUGGGCUUGUUGUGAGGGAGAUGGGAGUGAGUUUUGCGGAGGCGGGGAGGUUGGAACGUAUCCUUCUUGGUGGCGAUGGUGAGGGUCGGAGAGGCAGUGAGGGAGAGGAGGGGUUGGAGCCGAUGAUAGAAAGAGACGUACCGAGGCAUAAAGAACCCGUUCCACCAGGCUUUCGACCUCCCUUUCCCCUUCCCAUCCCACUCUCCUUAAACACCUCCACCAACUCAACUACCACAACAACAUGUCGUCGCCCCCUGCACGUCCAUCCAGACAUGAAAAAAUUCAACAUCCCCCUCUACAUAUCCACCGAUGCACGCGCUCCGGCUAACGAUGCUACAUUCGAGUUAUUGCUGAGGACGUGGCCAUGUACUUUUUUUCUUGAUGACUUCCUAUCGCCCUCUUCGCCUUCUCUACCUUCUUCCCCCUCCCUCCACAAUUCCCUCCAAACUCAUCCCAAUCUCUCCUCCCUCCCUCACCCGAACCUCAAGUCUCUACAUAAGCUCACGAGCAGCUUCGACCACACCCCCCUCCAGCCUCCUCUCCUCCCGCUGCUCGACGCGCUCAUCACAAGUCACGCUUGGGGCGUCGUCGGCACGGACGGGAGCACGUUCAGUACGUAUUUGGAGGGGGUGCUGUGGAGGGGUGCGUGGGGGAUGAGGGCGGUUGGGAGGGGUGGUGGGGGGUAG